AUGGAUAAAGCACGCCCAAUCAAACGGGUUCGUUUUCAAGAGGUAGUGCGCGACAAUGCCAAUACUUUAGAAACCUCGUCCAACUCAGAGUCUAACCAGACUAGCUCUCCGUCUGCAGAGGACAUCUGCACGUGGACUCAUAAAGCCCAAGCAACGGCCCCAUGUUUCAUUAGAGAUGUUUAUUCAAUGAGGGAAAGCGCUAGCACAGGACCUAGAUCCAGCUUUUACUGGCUGGGACAUGUUCCCUGUCGAAUUGUGCACAUCAUUGGUGUGGUGGUAGGAAUCGAUGUGCGCGAGAAAGGAACGCUGUACACCGUCGACGAUUCCAUGGAGGUGAUCGACUGUAUGCUUCGCCACCCCGGACCCUUGGCCCACCUGGAUGCUAAUGCAAAAGCAGCAUUAUGGCCAAGCGGAUGGCGCCCCGCUCCUGCUCCAGUUUCAGUUCCUCCGCCUCCUGCUACUGCUAUCGGCUACUCUGUAGAAGUAAUCGGUAAAGUCAUAGAAUUCCAUAACCAGCGACAAAUUAAUGCCAAAUCCAUAAAGGCCUGUGAGUCGACGAACGAUCAAUGGAAACAUGCCAUUACCGUCGUCGAACUUCACAAGUCCAAAUACUCAGUGCCAAAGCCGUUCAAGAUCCUGGUUGAGGUCGACCCUCCGUCGCUGAUUCCCUCAAAGUGUCCAUUGCGCGAGCCAUCCUCUCCUCUGAUGCAUAGCGCGGCCUCUAAGUUGUCAAGUUUUGUUAUACCUGGUUCAAUAGACCCCCCUCAGUUUCGGCAUCCAUCUCAGUUGCGUACGUCAGACCUCACUGACAAAACCUUUCAAUUAUAUCUCCAGCAUUAUUUUCGACAUGCGCCCGGUGAUGUACCUCACUUUGAUUAUCGUCAAUUUUUUCUGAUGCAGACACCAGGACAGUCUACAUCACCACCCACGAUGCUUUCGCAUCUACGUUGGAUUCCAGAGCUGGCCCUUCUCGCCAACCGAGUGGUCCAUGCCGAAAAGCAGCGGCGCACCCCAACGGACGCAGGGGGAGAGAAGGCAGCGCAGACCCGGAAGUCGUUUAUCUCUCGUUUUAGCUCUGACCACCUGCGCGUAAAGAUGAAGAGGCUUUUUAUGUGGGCAGUACUCCAGCUUUACGAACAAGGUAGUAUUGUACUCUAUGAUGGACUUUUGGAUGCCCCAACUGCGUCUGUGUCCAUAGUGCCCUGCGACUCCGCCAUAACUGACACGGCGAGCUCCCCAGCUCCCUCUGUUGUUCUCCUCUCCAGCACGAUAUUCUCCUCUCCUGACGCUACCAAGUCCGAGAUUUCUGAAGACAACGCUUACUUAUCAGAUCCGCCUUAUUACGAGGAAGACGAGGCAUACACUUCUGUAACUGCGGCCCUCCUCGUUCAACCUGUGCGAGACAUCAUGUGCACAAGAGGUAUUAGAGGAAAGAGCAUUAGGGUUAGAGCAGAGGACAUCGCGAAGGAUUUGAAAAGGUUAGACAGGCGUUGGGCGCGUAUUGACUUGCGGGCCGUUGAAGAAGCCAUAGACACCAUCGUUAUUGACUAA